CAGUCAAUUGCUUACUUUCAUUUCUAUAUGCACAAAGUAGGUUUUGAGAUCAAGGUAUAAAGCUUAAGGUCUUAGUGUUAAGAUAUACAUACAUGUUCAAGGUACACAGCUUAAAGUUUUAGUGUUAAGAAGGCAAUACUCCGGACAAGUAAAAAUUUGGAUGCAAUACAAUAACUUAUAAAUAUAUUUUUCUGACGAUGGCGACUGAUAGUACUACUGAGGUUGCUGCCUUUAAACUGAUUCUUCUUGGUGAUGGGGGAACAGGGAAGACUACCCUUAUGAAGCGGCACAUAACCGGAGAAUUCCAGAAGAGUUACCUCCCGACCAUGGGCGUGGAGGUGCGUCCUCUAUUAUUUCACACCACACGAGGACUGUAUCGCUUUAACGUCUGGGAUAUCGCUGGCCAGGAUAAAUUCGGAAGCCUACGCGAUGGAUAUUACAUCGGAGGUCAAUGUGCCAUUAUAAUGUUCGAUCUGACCUCGAGGAUUACCUACAAAAAUGUGGGUAACUGGCACCGCGACUUGACUAGAGGCUGCGGCAAUAUUCCGAUUGUGAUGUGCGGCAACAAGGUUGACAUCCAACUUCGCAAGCUUAAGGUCAAUCAAAUUAGCUUCCACCGAAAGAAGAAUCUUCAUUACGUCGAGAUAUCGGCAAAGUCGAACUACAACUUUGAGAGACCCUUUGUCCGUCUGUUACGUAAGCUGGUUGGUGAUCCCCAGUUGAAAUUGGUGAAGUUCCCCGCCCUGCAACCUCCAGAAUCGAUCUUUACCGACGAAAUGAGGAGAAGAGUGGACCUUGACAGGAUGGAGGCGGAUGCCUCUCCGUUUCCUGAGGUCGAUGAAGACUUAUAAAUUUAAGGUUUUGCUUCAACAUUUUAGUUAUUUCGGCUACUUUUCGGUAACGAUUUUCUACUUGCCUGUACUUUUAUGUGCAUUCUUGAGGUAAAGUCAUUGAUGAAGAAAUUUGGAUGAAUGGUAGUCCGAUCUGCAGCAAAUGUUUACUUUUUUAAGGGUUCCUUAAGGUAACCCAAAUAAGAAAAAAACAACAUCUUGGUCCUAUCCUAAGUUGAUACAUUGUAAAUUGUAAAUUUAUAAAUAUUAUAAAUUGUAAAAAUAUAUUUUGGAAAUAUUCGUUUUCCCACCUCAAACGUGAUACGAUAUUUGGGGUCAAAUCUUUGAAAAAUUCAAUACUACUUUUUUCGAUUAUUUAUUAUGUUAUUAUUUCAAUUGGACUCUUUAGCCUGCAAUUAAAAGAAGACUUUUGUGAAAUUAUACUUCCCAAAGUUGUCCAUCUGAAAGACUGUUUGCGUAGAGACGGACAGACGGACUUAGCUAGACCCACUCGGUUGAUGUUGUAGAUCGAGAAUACGAGAUCGGAUAUGAAAAAGUAUAUGCAUAAAAACACUCAUUAAACAAACUAAACUUAAAAUACUUUAAAAUAAAAAAUCUAAUUCACCACUAUUUAUUUAAAAGGUUGGGAUUUGAAAAAUUACAAAACCUUUAUUAGAAUAAACUACAUUCUCAACCGAAUAUUGUUCUGCAAUCGAAUUCUAGAUAAAUCAGUAAUUUAAC